UGAAAGAAGCGUGUAUUUUUUGGGUGCAAACCCCGGACUUUGCAAAACAAUCUCCGCCUCCCGGAGGAUAUUUAAUCUGCAACAGCAAUCGCUGCUGGUGGAGGCAAACUUGAGAAGGGAAGGGGUGCUGGGGAGCAGUGCGGGGCCCCUGCCUGCUCCCGCCGAGGCUCCCGGCCCGCACGCGCGGAAGAUGCGGUUCCCUUUCCCGGCGGCUGCUCCUGGGACGAGACUUUUGUUUGGACGGAUCGGGACCGGACUUUUUAAGGACGCGCUUACCCAUCUACGGGCGAUUUGGGCAUAAACAGCAACACAAACUCUGAUUUGGUGCUGGAAGCUGCCCCUGCUACUGAACAGCUGCUCUCACCCUGCUUGUGUCCCUCCCCCGUCCCGUUUUCAAAAGGGGAUCCUGAGCUGUUUUGCUUCUUUUUUUAAUUGUUGUUGCAUGUAUUUUAUUUUAGGUGGCUGCCUUUUCUGGCUCUCUUGGCUGUUUGGGGGUCUUGUGGACUGCUAGCUGCAGUAGCACUAACGCCACCUCUCCCUCUACCAUGGCGAGCCCCACGGAUAAUAACGAGGGCUUCUUCUCGGAUGUCAGGAAGGUGGGUUACUUGCGCAAACCCAAGAGCAUGCAUAAACGCUUCUUCGUGCUGAGGGCAGCCAGCGAGUCGGGACCCGCCCGGCUGGAGUAUUACGAGAAUGAGAAGAAAUGGAGACACAAGUCCGGGGCCCCCAAGCGCUCCAUCCCAUUAGAAAGCUGCUUCAACAUCAACAAAAGAGCUGACUCCAAGAACAAGCACCUGGUGGCCCUCUACACCAAGGACGAGCACUUUGCCAUUGCAGCUGACAGCGAGCCCGAGCAGGAAAGCUGGUACCAAGCCCUGCUGCAGCUGCACAACAGGGCCAAGGGCCACCACCACCUCCAUCACCAUCACCACCACCACCACAGCGACGUCACCUUUGGGGGCAGCAGUGUGGGACUGGGGGAAGCAGGUGAGGACAACUACGGUGAGGUAGCCCCUGGCCCAGCUUUUAAGGAAGUUUGGCAAGUAAUUCUGAAGCCUAAGGGCCUAGGCCAGACAAAGAACCUGAUUGGCAUCUACCGCCUGUGCCUGACUAACAAGACCAUCAGCUUUGUGAAGCUGAAUUCAGAUGCGGCUGCUGUGGUGUUGCAGCUGCUCAAUAUCCGCCGCUGUGGUCACUCUGAGAACUUCUUCUUCAUCGAGGUGGGACGCUCAGCUGUAACUGGGCCCGGGGAGUUCUGGAUGCAGGUGGAUGACUCGGUGGUGGCACAGAACAUGCAUGAAACCAUCCUGGAGGCCAUGCGAGCCAUGAGCGAGGAAUUUCGGCCCCGGAGCAAAAGCCAGUCUUCCUCAAAUUGCUCCAACCCCAUCUCUGUGCCUCUUCGUAGCAGACACCAUAUCAACAACCCUCCACCCAGCCAAGUGGGGCUCAGUCGCCGGUCCAGGACUGAGAGCGUCACUGCCACUUCUCCUGCUGGUGGUGGUGGAGGAGGAACUGGUGGCAAACCCAGUUCUUUCCGGGUAAGAGCAUCAAGUGAUGGAGAAGGCACUAUGUCAAGACCUGCCUCUGUGGAUGGCAGUCCAGUUAGUCCCAGUGCCAACCGGACCCAUUCACAUCGGCACCGUGGCAACUCCAGGCUCCAUCCUCCACUCAACCACAGCCGGUCCAUCCCGAUGCCUUCCUCACGCUGCUCUCCUUCGGCCACCAGCCCAGUCAGCCUGUCAUCCAGCAGUACUAGUGGCCACGGCUCCACCUCGGACUGCCUCUUUCCACGCAGGUCUAGUGCUUCAGUUUCGGGCUCCCCAAGCGAUGGUGGAUUUAUUUCUUCUGAUGAGUAUGGCUCUAGCCCAUGCGACUUCCGCAGCUCUUUUCGUAGUGUGACCCCAGAUUCAUUGGGGCACACACCACCAGCUCGGGGAGAUGAAGAGCUCAACUACAUCUGCAUGGGAGGAAAGACCGCCUCAUCCUGCUGCAGCCUGGCAGCCCCCAAUGGCCACUUCAUCCCACGCACCUGCCACCCGCAGCAGCAGCCCCGCUACGCCGGUACCCCUUGCUGUCCCCGAGGUGGUGGUGAAGAUGCUGCCGAUCUGGAGAAGGCAUUCAGGAAAAGGACUCACUCGGCGGGCACUUCACCCACCAUCUCCCACCAGAAGACGCCCUCACAGUCUUCAGUGGCCUCCAUUGAGGAGUACACAGAGAUGCUGCCUUCCUACCCCUGUGGUGGCAGCCGGUUGUCCUCCUACCGGCACUCGGCCUUUGUGCCCACUCACUCCUAUCCUGAGGAGUGUUUGGAAAUGCACCACCUGGACAGCGGGCACCAUCGGACCAACUCCGCCCCGCACACGGAUGAUGGCUACAUGCCAAUGUCUCCUGGCGUUGCCCCUGUGCCCAGCAGCGGCGGGCCCCCCAAGGGCGGUGACUACAUGCCCAUGAGCCCCAAGAGCGUGUCGGCCCCGCAGCAGAUCAUCAACCCCGGCAGAGGGGGCCGCCACCCGCCACCCAUGGUGGACUCCAAUGGCUACAUGAUGAUGUCCCCCAGUGGCAGCUACUCUCCCGAUGGUGGCCCAGCGGGCUACGGCAAGAUUUGGACUAAUGGGGCCGGCCACCACCCAAAGCUUUCGGUGGAGAGCAAUGAAGGGAAGCUCCCCUGUGGUGGCAGUGACUACAUCAACAUGUCCCCAGCCAGCGGCUCCACCACGAGCACCCCGCCAGACUGCUACUUCGGGGGCGCUGGGCAGCCGGGCGUGGAGGAGGCAGCCGCUGCUACCGCUCCCCACCACAAGCUCAUCUACUCCUACUUCUCGCUGCCACGCUCCUUCAAGCACGUGCAGCGGCGAGGCGGUGGGGCAGCGGCGGGCGACGAGGGCAGCCCGCAGCCCCGCGUCGCCCUGGGCUCCGGCCGCCUGCUCUACACCGCCGAGGACUCAUCCUCGUCCACUAGCAGCGACAGCCUGGGCGGCGGCGGGGGCCACGAGGGCUGCGCGCAGCCGCCGCGCAAGGUGGACACGGCCGUGCAGACCCGCAGCCGCCUGGCGCGGCCCACGCGCCUCUCCCUGGGGGGCCCCAAGGCCAGCACGUUGCCGCGGGCCCGCGAGCAGCCCCCGCUGCUCCUGCCCCCCGAGCCCAAGAGCCCCGGCGAGUACGUGAACAUCGAGUUCGUGGCGGGCGACAAGCCGCCCUUCGCCGCCGCCCUGGGCCUGCCGGAGGGCGCCGAGGAGUACAUGAACAUGGAGCUGGGGCCGCCGCGGGCGCCCCCCUCGGCGCGGCCCGGCCGGGGCGCGGUCCCCGGCGGCCGGGACUACGUGGCCAUGCAG